AAGUGUCAGCCCCUCCAAGAUUCUAUCCUUCCCUUUUGCCUUCUUAGUCCCUUGCCUCCAUUUACAAUCUUCCCUCACCAACAACAAACUAGUUCCAUCUGAGUUAAAACAUGUUGAAACAAGAGAGUAACUGGGCACAAACCUGUGACACAUGCCGAUCAGCCGCAUGCACUGUCUACUGCCGAGCUGAUUCUGCCUACUUAUGCACAAACUGUGAUGCUCAAGUUCAUGCAGCCAAUCGGCUCGCUUCCCGCCACGAACGUGUUAGAGUCUGUCAAUCAUGUGAGCGAGCCCCGGCUGCCUUCUUCUGCAAGGCAGAUGCUGCUUCUCUAUGCACAGCCUGUGAUUCACAGAUUCAUUCCGCAAACCCACUUGCUAGACGCCACCAACGUGUUCCGAUUCUGCCAAUCUCUGGUUCCAUGGUCACUAACCAUUCGAGUGAGACGACAGAGACAGAGGACAUAGUGGUGGUGGGACAAGAAGAAGAAGAUGAAGCAGAAGCGGCUUCUUGGUUGUUGCAUAGUUCAGUUAAAAACAGUGGUGACAACAACAACAACAACAACAACAGUGAGAAUAGGUUCUCGGUUGGUGACGAGUAUGUGGACCUUGUCGAUUACAAUAAGUAUCAACAAGACUACAACGUACCUCAGAGGAGCUAUGUGGCAGAUGGGGUUGUUCCACUUCAAGUUGGAGUAUUAAAGAGUCACAUGCACCACGAGGAACACAACUUUCAGUUUGGUUUCACUAAUGUCUCCUCAGAAGCUUCCCCAAUUCAUAUGGUUAGUCUUGUGCCAGAGUCAACACUGAGUGAGACAACAGUAUCACACCCAAGAUCGCCCAAAGUGGCAACGGAGGAGCUACAUGACGCUCCAGUUCAGAUGCUGAGUCCAGUAGAGAGAAAGGCUAGGGUCAUGAGGUAUAGAGAGAAGAAGAAGACAAGGAAGUUUGAGAAGAGGAUAAGGUAUGCUUCAAGGAAAGAGUAUGCAGAGAAAAGACCAAGGAUCAAAGGCCGGUUUGCAAAGAGGAAUGAAGUUGAUGCAGAGGAGGCAGACAAAGCUUUCUCCUCAAUGGUCAUGUUUGACACAGGAUAUGGAAUUGUUCCUUCAUUCUGAUAAUACUCCUAUGGUUCAACUAGAUUCCAUGCUUGUAAAUGCAUUACUGGAAGUUAUGACCACUGUAAUGCAUAUAGGUCUCUAUUUUUGUCUAACUAGUACCAAUUAAUUAGAUAUAUUUAUAUUUUGCUGUUGUAUUUAAAACAGAAUUUUCACACA